AUGUCUGACAAGCUUACUCGUAUCGCUAUCGUCAACAGCGACAAAUGUCGCCCUCGCAAAUGUCGUCAGGAGUGCAAGAAGUCCUGCCCUGUUGUUCGCAGUGGUAAACUCUGUAUCGAGGUCACUCCCGAGUCCCGUCUGGCCUUCAUCUCCGAGAGUCUCUGCAUAGGGUGCGGUAUCUGCCCAAAGAAAUGCCCCUUCGAUGCCAUUACGAUUAUCAAUCUGCCCACCAACCUCGAGAACCAGGUCACCCAUCGCUAUGGUCCCAACAGCUUCAAGCUCCACCGUCUUCCUAUGCCCCGACCGGGUCAGGUUCUUGGUCUGGUAGGAACCAACGGUAUCGGCAAGAGUACUGCGUUGAAGAUUCUCAGCGGCAAGUUGAAGCCCAACUUGGGCCGCCACGACAACCCCCCCGACUGGGAGGAUGUUAUCAAGCACUUCCGUGGAUCUGAGCUGCAGAACUACUUCACCAAGCUGCUGGAAGAUGACCUCAAGGCUGUCGUCAAACCGCAGUAUGUCGACCAGAUCCCCAAGGCUGUUCGUGGCCCGGAGAAGAGUGUCAAGGCUCUCAUCAAGAGUCGUGCUUCUCUUGGUAAUGCUAAGGAGGUUGCCGAGGUCCUGGAACUUAACCACAUCUUGGACCGUGACAUCACUUUGCUCUCCGGUGGUGAGCUCCAACGAUUCGCCAUUGGUACCGUCUGUGUGCAAAAGGCCGACGUGUACAUGUUUGACGAGCCUUCCUCGUACCUUGAUGUGAAGCAGCGUCUGAGUGCUGCCCAGAUCAUUCGAUCUCUGCUUCGAGAUGACGACUACGUCAUUGUUGUCGAGCACGAUUUGUCCGUCCUGGAUUACCUAUCCGACUACAUCUGCGUACUUUAUGGACAGCCUGCUGUGUAUGGUGUUGUGACUCUGCCUCACUCCGUCCGUGAAGGUAUCAACAUCUUCCUCGACGGUCACAUUCCCACCGAGAACUUGCGUUUCCGUGACGAGUCUCUGACUUUCCGUCUUGCCGAAACCGCCGACGACUUUGUCAUUGACAAGUCCCGUGCCUUCAACUACCCCAAAAUGGAGAAGCAGCUCGGCAACUUCAGACUCCGCAUUGACGCAGGCGAGUUUACCGAUUCCGAAAUUAUCGUCAUGAUGGGAGAAAACGGUACCGGAAAGACGACCUUCUGCCGUCUUUUGGCUGGUGCCCUCAAGCCCGACAGCAAGGCCUCCGUCCCCGACAUGCGUAUCAGCAUGAAGCCUCAGACUAUCACGCCCAAGUUUGAUGGCACUGUCCGCCAGCUCUUCUUCAAGAAGAUCAAGCAGGCCUUCUUGAACCCCCAGUUCCAGACCGACGUCGUCAAGCCCCUCAAGCUCGAUGAUUUUAUCGACCAAGAAGUCAAGAACCUGUCCGGUGGUGAAUUGCAGCGUGUUGCCAUUGUUCUGUCUCUCGGCAUGCCCGCAGACAUCUACCUGAUUGACGAACCCUCGGCCUACCUCGACUCCGAGCAGCGUAUCAUUGCCUCGCGUGUCAUCAAGCGUUUCAUCAUGCACUCCAAGAAGACUGCCUUUGUCGUCGAACACGAUUUUAUCAUGGCCACCUACCUCGCUGACCGAGUCAUCGUCUUUGACGGCAAGCCCGGUAUCGACGCCCAUGCCAACCGCCCCGAGUCCCUCCUCACCGGCUGCAACACUUUCCUCAAGAACCUGGAUGUUACCUUCCGUCGCGACCCCACCAACUACCGCCCCCGUAUCAACAAGCUCGGAUCUCAGUUGGACCAGGAACAAAAGAUGAGCGGCAACUUUUUCUUCUUGGAGGAGACCCCCGACAAGAGCUCCUGA